AAACAAUAAAUCUUCCUUUCAUUUUUUUUUUUCAUUCCCUUUUGGAUCAAUUCUUUACCCCAAAUUCGAACACAAAACUUCCACUACGCUUCCCCAAAAGGGCUCCAAUCCAAUCCAAUCCCUCUCCCCCUCGUCCCUUCUUCCCUCUCGAAUAUCUCUUGACGAUUUCGCUUCUGGGUCCUCUGCAGAUCCACCGGCUUUUCAAUCUCUGAUCUCAGUUAUGAUUUUGAUCUAACGAAACAGAGAAGAAGGGACGUUAGCUGUGAGAGUUGUGGAUUGUUUGUGAUCUUGAUUGGGUGAAGAAGAUUCAGAUCUAAUCUAACUCCGAGGGCUUAGCUAUGUCUUUCACUGGAACACAACAAAAGUGCAAGGCCUGUGAGAAGACUGUCUAUCCUGUGGAGCAGCUCUCUGCUGAUGGAGUUUCCUACCAUAAGUCUUGCUUCAAAUGCAGCCAUUGCAAAGGAACUCUAAAGCUGAGCAAUUAUUGUUCAAUGGAAGGUGUUCUAUAUUGUAAGCCUCAUUUUGAGCAGCUCUUCAAAGAGACAGGCAACUUCAACAAGAACUUCCAAUCACCUGCAAAGUCAGCUGAGAAGACUCCAGAGCUGACAAGGUCACCUAGCAAAGCUGCUGGCAUGUUUUCUGGUACUCAAGACAAAUGUGCUACUUGUGGUAAAACUGUUUAUCCACUGGAGAAGGUAACAGUGGAGAAUCAGUGCUAUCAUAAGUCGUGUUUUAAGUGCUCUCAUGGAGGGUGUGCUCUUUCCCCAUCAAAUUAUGCAGCCUUAGAGGGUAUUCUGUAUUGCAAGCAUCACUUUUCUCAGCUUUUCAAGGAAAAGGGAAGCUACAACCACUUGAUCAAGUGUGCAUCCAUGAAGCGUAAUGCUGCCUCGGUUCCUGAAGCUUGAAAGUUCGAAUUCUCAUAUCAUCAUCUCGGACCUAACUCUCUGUUUUAACUUUAAAUUUUCUGGUUUCGAGAUGGGAAAAAAGGAAAAGGAAAAGAUUUUUUUUUUAUUUAUUUUUUUUAUGUAUUUACCAUUGUUUCGGCUCGUGUGUUUAUUUGAGCAAAUUGUUGCAUUUGAUCCAUAUUUGAGGUGCAAACCUUGUAUAAGAUUUGCAGGACUUGCAUAUUUGCAUGUUUGAUCAU